UGCAAACUAAAUUGUUAAAAAGCCUGCAAUUUCCAAGAAAAAGCUGAGAUCGUCUGCCUCUUCAUAAUUAUAAAAGUAGAUAUGUAUGUAUAUAUGCAAAUACAAAAUUGAUUGAGACCUUACAGUAUUGUAUUUUCUAGGAAUGGUUCAUCUCAGACUGUUUCAUACAUAUGGGAUUCUUACUUCAUUUCUAAACUACUCAAAAAAAUUGGUAAUGGGAGUUUUUAACUGGAAUUUUAAACAGGUUGGAAGUAUUCAUACUUCAUUGACAAUUGCUUCACUGAUCCAGGAGACCACUAUAUAUAUAAGCUAUGUUCUUCUCUAUUUCAGUCAUCCACAGAGAGUGCUUCUGCUUUUGUCUCGGAGUUCAAGUCCCAAAUUUUGGGACUAAAAUGUUGCCAAAAAUGGCCAACAAGAUUUGGCCUCACUUGGGAUUUGUCUUGGCAUUAUGCUUUGUAGUUGGUAAUGUGGCCGCUGAUGACUAUGUAUUACCGCCAUCAUCUCCACCACCACCACCCUAUGAGUACAAGUCUCCUACACCACCAUCUCCGUCACCACCUCCUCCAUAUGCUUACACGUCUCCACCACCUCCUUCCUACAUAUACAAGUCACCACCACCGCCUCCACCUUAUGUCUAUAAAUCUCCACCACCUCCACCUUAUGUCUACACUUCUCCACCCCCUCCACCAUACAAGUACACAUCUCCACCCCCUCCACCUUAUGUCUACACUUCUCCACCCCCUCCACCAUACAAGUACACAUCCCCUCCACCUCCACCCUACGUCUACACGUCUCCCCCACCUCCACCCUACGUCUACACUUCUCCACCCCCUCCACCAUACAAGUACACAUCCCCGCCACCUCCACCCUACAUGUACACAUCUCCCCCACCUCCACCUUAUGUCUACAAGUCUCCACCACCUCCACCAUACAAAUACACAUCCCCGCCCCCUCCACCUUAUAUCUACACAUCUCCCCCACCUCCACCUUACGUCUACACUUCUCCACCCCCUCCACCAUACAAGUACACAUCUCCACCCCCUCCACCUUAUGUCUAUAGUUCUCCACCCCCUCCACCAUACAAGUACACAUCCCCUCCACCUCCACCCUACAUCUACACUUCUCCCCCACCUCCACCCUAUGUCUACACAUCUCCCCCACCUCCACCAUACAAGUACACAUCCCCACCACCUCCACCUUAUGUCUACACGUCUCCCCCACCUCCACCUUACGUCUACACUUCUCCACCCCCUCCACCAUACAAGUACACAUCCCCUCCACCUCCACCCUACAUCUACACAUCUCCCCCACCUCCACCUUACGUCUACACUUCUCCACCCCCUCCACCGUACAAGUACACAUCCCCGCCACCUCCACCCUACAUCUACACAUCUCCCCCUCCUCCACCUUACGUCUACACUUCUCCACCACCUCCACCGUACAAGUACACAUCCCCGCCACCUCCACCCUACAUCUACACAUCUCCCCCGCCUCCACCUUACAUGUACACUUCUCCACCCCCUCCACCAUACAAGUACACAUCCCCGCCCCCUCCACCUUACAUGUACACUUCUCCACCCCCUCCACCGUAUAAGUACACAUCCCCGCCACCUCCACUCUACAUCUACAAGUCGCCACCAACACCAUCACCCUCACCAACACCAACGCCACCAUAACAUUAUCACAGUUCUCCUUCAUCUUCCGUUGUUUACAAGACAAUGCAUGGUUUCAAUUAUGUUCAUGUUUUACUUUGAUAAAAGGAAUAAUUUCUUCACGAAGUGGUUUGAUAGUUCGUGGAGGCAGGUAAUAUGUAGUCAUUUCAUCAUCCUAAACAAGCGCCUUUGUCGAGAACUGGCGAAUGUAUUAAUGUAAUGCUUUGUAAUGUUUAUAGCAAUUUGAUUCGGGGAGUUUUAUUUGUCAUCCUACCUACUUCUAUUCACGAUAUUGAAAUAAAAACGAGUUCCCCAUAUUUAUUUCUCCUUUAA